AUGUAUCAACGGGAAUUACGCCCAAUCAAAGACAAUCGAUUUAUCAGCGAUUCUCUUUCAGAACUACAAGAAGCCGAACGUACUCCGAUAUCAGGAUAUCAGCAUCUACCACUUGUUUCGUUAGAACAAGCUACAAACGAAAUCAUUCAACUUGUUCCUGGCUUUGAAAAGUGUCAUNGUCGCCAACCAACGAACAAUGUCCAACUAGGCACGUUAGAUUAG